AUGAACGUAUUUACAACACAUUUGAACAGUGAACACACACUAGAUGACAAGAGUACGCAAUGCCGUGUGCAGAUGCAAGUGGUUCAGCAGCUGGAGCUACAGCUGAAAAAGGACAAAGAGCGACUACAAGCUAUGAUGGCUCAUCUAAAGUCCUCUGAGCCCAAACCAGCAGCACAGCCGGUGAAUCUUAUGUCCAAUGUAUCCUCCCAGACAACGUUGCCCAAAGGCUCUCCUCUUUUGAGCCUGUCUCAGAGCGCCACAGCACCGCCCCUGACGCCACUCUCUGACUCCCCGUCAGUCAUCACGCCCAGUAGCAUUUUCACUGGAACACCAGUACGGAGGCGAUACAGCCGGUCUGUGAGUCAAGAUAUCGUUGACAAUAAGGAUUUCUACUUGAGCACAGAAGUUCGACCUCCCUUUACAUACGCAUCUCUCAUCAGACAGGCAAUAUUUGAAUCACCUCGCAAUCAACUGACAUUAAAUGAAAUCUACAACUGGUUCACAAGAAACUUUGCAUAUUUUAGGAGUAAUGCAGCAACAUGGAAGAAUGCAGUGAGACAUAAUCUCAGCCUCCAUAAAUGUUUUGUGCGUUUGGAAAAUGUGAAGGGAGCUGUGUGGACAGUCGAUGAGAUUGAGUUCCACAGACGGAGGCCCCAGAAGACUGCUGGUAAUGGUGGAUCUAUGCUGAGGAAUUCUCAGAGCCGUCAAUGCUUAGUCAGUUCUGCUGUGCAGAGUGGUGGUCUCGACUGCCACAAUCCUCUUUUCAACCCUGCUGCGAUGGGCAGCAUCUCGUUUCACUCGCUGCCGCACAUUCUGCAGGAGCAGGUGAACGGCGCUCUCGCUGGCGGAUCUGGAUACCAAAGUGACAGCAGUGCCACACAGUCUCCUCCUCAAGCUUUCAUUAAAGAGGAGCAGGAAGACGAAGGUGCAACUGAAAACUAUCUGUACGAAUCUCCAGAGAGCACCAACGAGCACGGCCACAGCCCAGAGAUGAUGAUCCAUGACGAAGACGGCAGCAGCCCAGAGACGCCAAACCUUCAGUUCGACCGCGUGCCUUCGCUCUGACUGCAAGGCCCGCCCACUCUCGACUCGUGCAACUUCACGAUUCCUCCCCAAUAAAUAAAUAUAUAAACACAACUGCUUCACCUUCAUAACCGAACAGUCUCUCAUGAAGGAAACACAUUUUUCAUCUUUUCUUAUCCCAUGACUUUAAUCAAGCUCUUGGUUCUGUCUGUAACGUCGAGUGAGUUCACAGAAACAUAAGUGAGACUAUUUGGAUUUUGUUUUUUUAAUUCAUUUUUAAUUUUAUUCAAUUUUUAAUUUUUUUUUAUAUCUGUACACAGAAGAACAUUAUGUAUGGAGAAGCCAAAGCAAAGGGAACAUUGAUGGUUAGCACUUCAGUUUUUCCCUUCUAUAUAGAUACAUUAUGUUAUGUUGGUGCCACACUACCUGAUUUUUAGUUUUCAGAAAAUAGACAAAGUUAAAAUUGUUGCUUUUAAACUGAAAA